AUGUCAUCACGAGAAGAACGCAGCUGCCGGAUGUGCCACAGCAGCGCCGGGAAAUGUGUUAGUCCGUGUUGCUGCGAUGGGUCCAUCAAAUAUGUGCAUUCGAAGUGUCUUGCACGAUGGGUGCGCCACCGCAAGUCGCUGAUCUGUGAAGUGUGCGGAACACCGUGUAGGGUCGCAAAGCUCUCAAGUUACUCCAUCAGUGCGACUAAUUAUCGCUGGGUAACGCUUAUAUGGAUUUUCUCAAGAGUUUGGAUUCGAGAAAACGCUAGAAUACUUUCCAUUUCUUUGUUGGUGCCCAUCUUUUCGUGGCUAACUUUCGUGUUGGAGGGGUCCCUAAAGGGUGCUGGAAGUAUAUAUUCACCUGUCAAAGUAACGUUAACACACACCCACACGUUGAGUGAAUGGGGACCUACAGAAGCUCUGUCAUAUACAGUGUGGGUCCUUACAAAACUUACUGCAGCUUCAAUGUUACUUAAACUUGUACGGGAACACUGGCCCGGUAUCGAACCCUUUGUUAGGGAAGCACCCAACGCGGACGAGCAGGGGAGGCCUGUCCUCGAAGGCCGUGCGGUAAAUCAAUUGCAAAACUGGCGCACCGACGCCGUCGAAGAGGGGAAAGAGGGCGAAUAUGAUGCGUCUGGAGAGGGAGGUGAUGUCGAAGGGGAGCCGAUGGUUAGUGCAACAUCGGGUCUCAUUGUGGAGGUGGCCGUGCAUCCCAGGGACGAUGGGGUUGUUUUACAGGCUAUUGAAGCUGCACAUAGUGAUGCUGGCAAGUCGAAAACGCUCCGAGGAAAAUUGAAGGAGGAGUUGCUACACCUCGUUCUCCCCUUCUUCUUUCUUAACGUUUUCUGUACCGUAUUGUGCGUACUAGCACCAGAGGUGGUGCGCAUUAAGAUGUGGGAGCUUUGGGUAGCCGUUGACGGUAAUUCCCGUGCUUGGGAAGUUGCGGAUACCUUAUUGGCAACGUUGUCCCCAUCGGAGAAUGUGGCCCGUAUGCGGGGUGCGAUGGUCAAGCCACUCAUUGAAGCACUGGGUUCUUCAGACCUACUGCAUGCCCCUUUAUACUUUGCCAGACUGACAUUUGUUAUUUGGAUAGUUGUCUUUGUCAUGAAGGGGGUUCGCUGUGUGCCUCUCCGAACUUUCGUACUUGAAGCAUUGUCGCUGCUUCGGUGCAUCAUGGCUGCUCUGGUGCUACCCACCUUCUUCAUUCGAACAACAACGCUUUUGGUUCUUUUUUUGUCUAUGGACUUCUUUGAUGACGACCGGAACGUUGGUAUUGCGGAGGAUAAAAAGAGGGCGUGGCAGGUAAUAACGACUCCCGUAUCUGUUAGGCAUGAGGAUGAGCGCCCAACAACCCUCCUUGUACUGAAGUCGUUGAAGACUGUGUUGGGAUCAGAGCGGAGGGAAGUGUGUUUUGAUUUCGGGGCAGCGCGGGUGCUUCGAAGUGGAAUCAAUGCAACGGUCGAUCAAGGUGUGACACUGGAUGGAGAGGAAGCUGAGGACCCAGUAUUAUUUUUUCUCUUCGCACUUUCGGUUAUUGUUUCCGUGGUGGAUAUGCCUUCGAUGUGGCCGGCAAGUGAUGUCAUCUUGGCUGUCGUAAUUUCUCAGUUUUUCUUUAUCGUAGGGUUUGCUACGCGUCUUCCAGGAAGGUGGUUUCGUUGGACUAUGCUACAUAAGGUUGCAUCUGUCACUGGGUUGCGUCAGCUUUGUGCACUUCUUGAUUUGUGGGCCCUUCUUCGAGUGUGUGCAGAAAUAAAUUUCAUUGUGGCGGUUAUUUGCGGAGGGUUUCUUCCAUACGCUUUCGGUGCAUAUCAAUUCUUCUCCCGGAACGACAAGCCGCUGGUGUUGCUGGUAACCCGCAACUUGUUAUCAUCAUUUAGGUGGGCAAAAGGUGUGUUUAUGCUGGUAGACGUUUCGCUUAAUAUCGCGUGGUACGUGGAUAGUCGUUUGGGUGACAAGAUGGGGGAGCUAUUCGAUGUCAGGGGCCUGGCGUUGGGGGAUGGUAUCUCGAUCACAGGAUUUCUCUCAAAGGCUCUGCGCUGCACGGCUUUUGUUGCAUGCAGUUCCAUAUGUUCUUGCAUUUGGAUAGGGAUAUGCCUUGCUCUAUUUGACUGCCUGGUGGUCCGCAGCUCAUGCUUUGUCGAUACCUUCUUUUAUGGGUGUCGGUGUAUAAUAACCGUUUACAUGAUAAAUGACAACGAGGCAUGGAGUCGGAUGCUGAGCAUUGUGGAGCUUCCCUUUAAGGGGGUUCGUCAGUUUACUGAGUGGAAGUGUCGUUGGCUAUUUAGUUCAUCUUUCGGUAUUUGGGCAGGCCCACAGUACGUGGAUGGGGUAAAUGUUGCUCAGCGAGAAUUAACUCUCAUUACGGGUAUGCCUACUUGGUACACCCAUUUGUGUUGUAGCAGAAUCAUGGUUGCUCUCGACGAAUUGCAGCGGAACGCCACAGCCGACGACGCUGAGGUCAUCCAACGAGUAGCAAUAGAAAUUACACCACUCAUCCGACGGGAAGAACAAGCAUGUACACUGACGGAAGAGCAGAUGAUGAUACUCUUUAGGUGCCUAAAAUUUCCUGGCAUGGGGCGCCUUCUUACUUUACUAUUGGUUGCUGCGUUGUUGCUGCUGGCUCUUCCCUUCAUGGUUGGUGCUUGUGUCGUCUCCUCCGUUUUGGCGCUUUUUCUUUCCCCGUCCUGUGUUGUCGCGUCGGGUUUUGUGUGUGGUUUUCUAUGGGUUGUGGGCGUGGUGGCAACAGGUACACUCAUAAUCCUCACUGAUAAGCUGAAAAGUGACCUGGGGCCUGUGAGGCUUUACUUUUCCUGUGGUUGUCACCACAUGCCACUAUUUGAAGCGUUAGCUUUCGCAGUGAUGCCUAUUUUUAUGACGACAACAACAUUUAUAGUUUUCCCAUUUGCGCUGGCGGUAAUGGCUUGGCCGCACGUACGGCAAGUCGACUCUUUUGGUGCUUUCUUCAUGCGCUUCGAUAUUGCCACGUUGUGUUUAAUCUUUAGGCUGCUGUUGAGAUGCUGGACAAGACUAUCACCCGCCGUGUUCGCUUUUUUUGGGAGAGUACAGCAAGUGCGCGUACGUAACGACGGUGAGAACAGCAGAGUGGUAUCAGCACCUCAAGAAGUGGCUGCUCCCGCUGCAGCGAAACCGGGGGCCAGUGCAGUUUUAAUGGUGCGUGAAGCAACUGCUAAUAUGUGGAAGGGCUGUGUCGAUGUGGGUUUCGAGUGCUGUGCAAAACUGUGCUAUGUGAGAAACCACAUCCUGCGUCGCCUGGUUGAAACUGCGGAAAGCGAAAGCAUUGUAGGUGUUGCAUUCAUCGACAGACCCACGUAG